UCUCCCGGUCCCGUCGAUCCCCACGGUCCCGUCGAUCCCCACGGUCCCGUCGAUCCCCACGGUCCCGUCGAUCCCCACGGUUCCGUCGAUCCCCACGGUUCCGUCGAUCCCCACGGUUCCGUCGAUCCCCACGGUCCCGUCGAUCCCCACGGUCCCGUUGAUCCCCACGGUCCCGUCGAUCCCCACGGUCCCGUCGAUCCCCACGGUCCCGUCGAUCCCCACGGUCCCGUCGAUCCCCACGGUCCCGUCGAUCCCCACGGUCCCGUCGAUCCCCACGGUCCCGUCGAUCCCCACGGUCCCGUUGAUCCCCACGGUCCCGUCGAUCCCCACGGUCCCGUCGAUCCCCACGGUCCCGUCGAUCCCCACGGUCCCGUCGAUCCCCACGGUCCCGUCGAUCCCCACGGUCCCGUCGAUCCCCACGGUCCCGUCGAUUUCCCGGUCCCGUCGAUCUCCCGGUCCCGUCGAUCUCCGGGACCCGUCGAUCUCUCGGUCCCGUCGAUCUCUCGGACCCGUCGAUCUCCCGGACCCGUCGAUCUCCCGGUCCCGUCGAUUUCCCAGUCCCGUCGAUCUCCCGGUCCCGUCGAUCUCCCGGUUCCGUCGAUUUCCCAGUCCCGUCGAUCUCCCGGUCCCGUCGAUCUUCCGGUGACGUCGACUUCCCGGUCCCUUCGAUCUCCCGGUCCCGUCGAUCUCCCGGUCCCGUCGAUCUGCCGGUUCCGUCGAUAUCCAGGUCCCGUCGAUCUGCCGGUCCCGUCGAUCUGCCGGUUCCGUCGAUAUCCAGGUCCCGUCGAUCUUCCGGUCCCGUUGAUCUCCCGGUCCCGUCGAUCUGCCGGUCCCGUCGAUCUCCCGGUCCCGUCGAUCUGCCGGUUCCGUCGAUAUCCAGGUCCCGUCGAUCUGCCGGUCCCGUCGAUCUGCCGGUUCCGUCGAUCCCCACGGUCCCGUCGAUCUGCCGGUUCCGUCGAUCCCCACGGUCCCGUCGAUCCCCACGGUCCCGUCGAUCCCCACGGUCCCGUUGAUCCCCACGGUCCCGUCGAUCCCCACGGUCCCGUCGAUCCCCACGGUCCCGUCGAUCCCCACGGUCCCGUCGAUCCCCACGGUCCCGUCGAUCCCCACGGUCCCGUCGAUCUCCCGGUCCCGUCGAUCUCCCGGUCCCGUCGAUUUCCCAGUCCCGUCGAUCUCCCGGUCCCGUCGAUCUCCCGGUUCCGUCGAUUUCCCAGUCCCGUCGAUCUCCCGGUCCCGUCGAUCUUCCGGUGA